GGUAACAGAUAAACUGGAAGCCAAAAGUGAUGGGAUUGAGACCUCUGCAGGAAAGGACUAGGUUCCUCCAAGGCCAAAAACCAGAUAGGGGUGGAAAGUAUGAGAGGGUGUUGAGACAACCCCACUAUGUCAGACGUUCGAGGAUCCCCUAUCCCCGAAAGAACCCAUGAAGCAGUGAAUAAACCUCAGACUGGCAACGUCUCUGACUUGAGUCAGCAGGUGUGGAUCCUUCAGGGUCAGACCCUCGUGACAGUUCCACGGAGUGACAGAGUGGCUGCAGUCACUGUCACUGUUGUCCCAUGUAAGUAUCCAGAGUCUCUUGAACAAGGCAAAGGGAUUCCCAUUUAUCUGGGGAUCCAGGAUCCAGAAAUGUGUCUGUCUUGUGAGGACGUUGAAGGGCAACCCACGCUGCAACUGAAGGAGCAGAAGAUAUUGGAGCUGUACAACCAAGCUGAGCCCGUGAAGCCCUUCCUCUUCUACCACGUCAAGACGGGCAGGACCUCCACCUUCGAGUCCGUGGCCUUCCCUGGCUGGUUCAUCGCCUCCUCCGAGAGAGGCCAGCCGAUCUUCCUCACUUCUGACCAGGGGGCAGUGCACAAUACUGCCUUCAACAUCGAUUUCAGUGCUUGAACUCAGCCUGGAGGUGGCAGCUUAGUCAGAGGUUUUGUCUUAAAUUUUCUAGUUCCUAGUGUGUUUUCAUCUAUAUUAUUGCAGUGUCAUUUCACAUCAGUGCUGAGAGGUGAGCUGGGCCCUGUUCUCAUCUCAUUUGUGAAUGGAGCAGAAGCGAUGACUUCAUGACAACCGAGGAAUAGAAUAUGGGCUCAGAGCAGGAGGGAGGGGUGGUGUAAGGCUCUCCUCCCAAGCUGAAGCUGUCCUGCCCACAAGCCAUUUGCAUAAGCACAUCAGUACCCAAAGAUGGUACAGCCUUCUCCUGAGGGUGGACAUGAAAAAGCCCAGAGCUCAUGAAUCUUACCCAAGAUCGCGUAGCUAGCGUGCAAAUGAUCUUUGUUUUUCUUUUGCUUUGUUUUCUUUCCUAUUUGGAUUACAUUUUCUGUAUUCUCUAUAGGUUGCCAGUACACCUCCAAGUGUGUGAUACAUCCUUUUAAGGGUUAGGCCCUUUUAAAGAAAAAUAGUGUUUAACAAUAAUAAAAUAUUUUUGUCCUAAUUCUAACGUGUAAACAGAAAGCCAAAUAUAAACUUCAUGUGUUCAUACCAUAAAAAGACUAAAACAGGUAUAGAAUGAAACAGAAAACAAAGAGUAACCUGAAAUUAGCAAAAGAGGAAUUGAAUGAGGACGUCACAGUGGGUGAGCCCAGGACUGGGGGAGAAGGGACAGCGAUCCAUGGUGACUGGGUGCGUGGGAGGUUAAGCAUGUGAAAGCACCACUAGCUGAAUACUUUCUCUACAGUCUCACAGCUUUGCUUUCUCCCUGCUUCCUCCAGUCUUUUCCUUUCAGGCAAACUCAGCAUACACAUAUGCCCUUUAAAAACUGUAGUAAAGGUGCCUUUCGUGGAACAGAUAGCCUGGGUCACUCCCCAGCCAUGCUUCUGGUGAUGUAUUCUGAUGAAAUUUAAUAAGUGAUUGUGGGUAUAACCGGAGAAAGACGUAGCUCAGAUCUGGUUCUGUAUAUGAUAGAUUUCUUCUUUUGACCCUGAUACUACAAACGCAGAAUAUUCUGUUUGCUUAAGUACUGUCUCCAAAAUAGCACCAGUAACUUAACUGUUUUUUUUUUUCUGCUUUUGGACAAUCAGACCACAUACUCUGCUAGGCAUGCCAGUGAGCAAUCAGUAAGCACUGAUUUAUUACAAUGUCUCUUGAUUCUUUAAAGUGUUCUUCUUCAACUAAAUAUAAUUUUAGCACUGCAGUUUUAUGAAAAUCAACAUUAAAAUGGCACUAUGCUAAUUAGUUUUAGAAUAUCAAAUAAAAGAAUUAGUCACUGGAUAUUUACUGCUGUACUCACUGCUAAUAAAUGGUGGCAGGUUGUUACAUCUGCCAAUUUACAUUGUUA